AUGGCGACCGUCUUGCAGCGAAGACAGCUGGUCAACAUUCCCAGCGCCUGGCUCGAAAGAGUCGGCCAGGCCCGAACUUCGUGCGCGCCCAUUGUCGGUUACAACCAGCGCAGGGGCGUCACUACACGCGACCUGGAUAGGCGGAAGGGAGACCGUGAGCGAGUUGUGAUUCUCGGUUCAGGAUGGGCCGGAUACACGUUGUCUCGUGAACUUGACCCUAAGAAGUAUCAACCUGUCGUCGUUUCCCCUCGAUCCUACUUCGUUUUCACUCCUCUGUUGGCUUCCACUUCUGUCGGUACUCUCGAGUUCCGUACUGCGCUCGAAUCCGUCCGAAGUCAGCAAACCAACGUCGAAUUCCUCCAAGGAUGGGCCGACGACAUUUGCCUUGACAAGAAGAGUAUCGUUGUUGAGGAAAGUGUUGCGGACCAAUCCCAGGGUCUUGCUCUGACGGGAGACCGUCAAAAAGUGCAUGAGGAUCCCGAGAAGGUGAAGGCAAUUAAGGCCUCUAAGGGAGGUCUUUUUGAUCUCCACUACGACAAGUUGAUUAUCGCUGUGGGCUGCUACAGUCAGACGUUUGGUAUAAAGGGUGUCAAGGAAAAUGCUUUCUUCCUCAAGGAUGUCGGUGACGCUCGCCGGAUCCGCAGACGGAUUUUGGAAUGUUUCGAGACUGCUUCUCUCCCGACUACCUCUGACAAGAUGCGCCGUCAACUUCUGAACUUCGCUGUUGUUGGUGGAGGACCGACUGGUAUUGAGUUCUCUGCUGAGCUGCACGAUCUGAUCAAGGAGGACUUGGCCAAGCUGUACCCCACCCUUAUCGACGAAUUCAGAAUCACCGUCUAUGAUGUCGCCCCUAAGGUUUUGUCCAUGUUUGACGAGAACCUCGGCAAGUACGCCAUGAACCACUUCCACCGUGAGGGUAUCAACAUCCGGACUUCCCAUCACCCCGAAGAGCUUCGCCUUGGUGUGCCUCAGGCGGAUCAGGAUGACCCGUCCAUUCGCGAUAAGGAAGGAGUCUACACUCUCCGCACUACAGAGGAAGGCGAGGUCGGUGUCGGCAUGUGCGUUUGGUCCACUGGUCUGAUGCCCAACCCUUUCAUUCAGAAGACCAUGAGCAAGGUCCGCCGCUUCCCGUCCCCCACUGCCCGUAUCGAGGGCCGCUACUGGGAGCGCGACGAAUGGUACAUGAAGCAAGAUGGCCGUACCAAGGGUGUCUUCACCGAUGACAAGCUCCGCGUCAAGCUCGUCUCCAAGCCCAAUGGCAGCGAACCUGUUGAGACCGUCAUGAAGGACGUCUACGCUAUUGGUGACUGUGCAGUUAUGGAAGGUACUAUGUACCCCGCUACAGCUCAAGUUGCCAACCAGAAGGCUGGUUGGCUCGCCAAGCGUCUUAACAAGGAUGAUACCGCUGAGGAGACCUUCGCCUUCAAGAACCGUGGUAUCAUGGCCUACCUGGGUAACUGGCGCGCUAUCAUGCAGGCCGGCAGUGGUGGUAACAUUUCUGGCCGUGCCGCCUGGUUUGUCUGGCGUGGCGCCUACCUGACCAAGAGUGUCAGCUGGCGUAACCGUAUUUUGAUCCCCAUUUACUGGUGA